GGUUACUAUCUGCGGCAUGGGAUUAUUGGGAUGAUUAACGGAAGCUGCACAAUUGCACAUUCCCUUGUUGCGGUUAAGGCCCCACGCCUUUGCUUGUACUACGGACAAAAAGCGUGCACAAAUUUGUAGCUGAGAAAAGCAGAUUGACAAGUCGUUAUCCUGGAUCUUCUCUUUUGGAAGUUUUCUGCUUGACCGCUGCAAUGUUCAAUCUUAUUUUUUCCACGUUGUUUAUGAACUCGCUGACUCCGAAAUUUUAUGUUGCUCUGACCGGAACAUCCUCCUUGGUGUCUGGAUUAAUUCUGAUUUUUGAAUGGUGGUAUUACAAGAAAUAUGGCAUAUCUUUUCUCGAACAAUUAUCUAUAACUCAUUUGACCCCCUGGUUCGGCGGGAAUGGAAAUACCAAUGGAACGGAGAGCGAAACAUCGUCAUCUGGAGAAAGUCCGCAACAAGAAGUCCAGGUUACGGAAAAUCCUUUCAAAUUGUUCCGUGGACCGGAAUACAGCCGGUUUUUUAAAUUACGAGGAAAGGAGCCGCUGACGUUUUACGACAUGAAUUUGUCCGCUCAGGAACACCAGAAUUUGUUCCCAUUGGAAGUGUAUUCUUCUAAGGAGGAUUUUGACACUAUGCAAAGAGCGUGGCGUGAGCGUGAUUCAGCCUUGAGGGUAUCGAUUGCCGAAGAGUUAUUGCAAAGAACUCCAGACUGUGUACCGGCGCUGGUGCUGCUGGGAGAGGAAGGAACUACGACAAUCAUCGAAACGGAAAGCCGCUUCCGUGACGCAUUACGGGUUAUGGAAAGUCACCUAGCCAAACGAAGGAACGGACUGGUGGCUUACGAUGAAGAGGCGCACGCUCGUGAAACGGAAAUCUCUUUCUACGUGCGCCGGCGUCUAGCCAUGUGUUUUCGUAAACUGCGCAAAUUCAAAGAAGCUGUGAAAAUUAUGAAAGAUCUGCUGAAAGAAUUCCCCUUAAUUAUGGAUAUCCAUGAAAAUCUGGUGGAAUGUUUGUUGGAAAUGAAAGCAUAUGCGGACGUUCAGGCCGUAAUGGCUAAAUAUGACGAUGUGAAUUUACCCAAGUCCGCAACGAUAGUUUACACUGCGGCGCUGCUGAAAUGCCGGUGUGUGGGAGAAAGGUUUUCUCCAGAUUUAGUGUCUAAACGAGGGAUUUCAGCGGUAGAGUUGAAUGCCAUAGAGGCGAUUCACCGUGCAGUGGAAUUUAAUCCUCACGUUCCUAAAUAUCUCCUGGAAGAAAAAACACUGAUUCUUCCUCCUGAACAUAUUGUCCGACGCGGAGACAGCGAGGCACUGGCUUACGCUUUCUUCAACUUGGACCACUGGAAGGAUAUUGAAGGUGCCCUGAAAAUCCUACAUAUGACAUGGGAAGGAACGUUUCGCGCAUUACCUUACCCCUUGGAAAAAGGACAUUAUUUUCAUCCUUAUCCUUCUGGAAUGGAAGCAGCAGAACGUGAGCUUCUGCCUGUUUUCCACGAUGUAUCGGUCUAUCCUCAGAAAGAAGUUCCUUUUUUUAUCACAUUUACGGCUGCUCUUUGCUGCAUCAUGGCUAUGUUAGCGGUCCUGACCCAUGCCUAUCCCGAAUUUAUGACGCAACUGGCUCGCACGUUGAUCGUCUACAUUACUCUCCCUGUAAAUUUUUUGGUGGAGAAACUGGAGGCUGUUAUUCCUCCGCAACUCAUGCAAAAUUUGGCUAGAAUCUGAUGCGAAGUGAGGUUGCACCUUGUAACUGCCGUGAUGCGAAGUUGAUUCUCCGUAUUACAUGUUAGUUCUUAUAUUUUAAACCGCCGCUUGUCGUUUACUUGGUGUACUGUACACUAUGCGGACUUCCCGUUUGAUGGGUUUGAACGGUCCAGAUUUUCUGUAAUUGUUACCAUGUUCUUUUGGAGCUUUAUUGUCCGUUGUAUGAGUUUUUAAUGUAUCAAAAUGUUGUCCUUGACUCCCAGUUGGUGUUAGUGAUGCAGCAGCUCACUAAUCAAUCACGCUAAUUUGAAGCAACUUUAUUACUUCUGAUGUACAAGCCUGUUGAAUUUUUAUGUAGAAUGAAUGAUCUUGAACCUGUCUUAUACAUGAAAAUAAUGUUUUUCGUGUGCUGGAAAAAAUUAUGCAAGUAAUAAAAGAACUCA